AUGGGACCCCGGCGAGUACACACGAAGUCCCGAACGGGGUGUCAGUCGUGCAAGUUACGCAAAGUAAAGUGUGAUGAGACAAAGCCAAAAUGCAAGAACUGCAUUCGCCAUGGAGUUGAGUGCGAUUACAAUUCUCUACCCCCUGCAGCAAGGACUCCAACUCCGCGCCCUCAUACUGGACUUAGCCCCUUCAUUAGCGAGGCUGCCAGACAGAAUUGUGAUGCCAACGCCCCAUCCAUGGGCAUGGCGGAAAUGGCCCUGCUGCAUCAUUAUAGCAUCUCGACUUGCUAUACGAUUUCACGACACCCGGUUUUGCAAACCGUAUGGCAAACCACGGUUCCCGCAUUUGGCUUCUCUUACCAGUUUGUUUUCCGCGGGAUUCUGGCGCUGGCAGCGUUACAUCUGGCCCAUCUGAAGCCGGAACUUGAAGACCAGUACGUCGAUGCGGCGGAAUUCCACCAUAAUUUAGCGCUCCAGAUGGUUUCGGGCACCAUCCUUCAAAUCAAUGCGGAGAAUGGUCCAGCGGUUUAUCUCUUUUCCACAAUCACUUCUAUCAUCGGCUGUGCUCUACCGCGGAAACGCCAUGACUUAUCGGUCAGUACCGAUCGAAUCAUACAAUGGCUAUCCUUGUUUCGAGGCACGGUGUCCAUUAUAGCCUCUGUGAACGAAGCGCUUAAAUCUAGUCCUCUUGCGCCCAUGUUCACAUUGGGACGACGAAGAAGCCUUGCUUGGGAAGCUAGGUCAACCGCCAAUCAGACAUUCCUCAUCAACUUGCGGCGACUCAUACAAGAGGCAGUUGAGGACCCGAUCGAGUUGAAGUGCUACAUAGAUGCCGUGGAUAACUUGGGCAAAUCAUUUGGGACAAUAUUCGAGGUCGGUCCUCAGAAUUGCGAGACAGCCGACAUCUUCAUCUGGCUGCUCCGCAUUACCGACCAGUUCUUGGAUAAAUUGCAGCAGCGAACUCCUGAAGCCUUGGUGAUAUUUGGAUACUACUGUGUCAUUCUCAAAGAGCUUGAGUGGGCGUGGUGGAUGCAAGGCUUUAGUAUCCAUGUGAUCCGUGCGAUACAUCACCAUUUGGGUGAGGAGCAUCGCUGCUGGCUGCAGUGGCCUAUGCAACAGCUCGGCUGGGUUCCUUGA